AUGAAGUUCCUGGCACUCCUUUUGUUGCUUGGUGUUUCCACUAUCCUAGUCUCUUGCCAGGACGCGGAGACAGACAGUCCUGCCACUUCUGAAACUGCUGAUUCUACUGAUGGAAAUACUGGCUCUGAAACUCAGGCAGAUAGUACUGGUGAAAAGCAAGAUGCUGAGUCCUCUGAUUCAGUCAAUGACCAAAGUGUGAACACUGAUAAUACCAACACUGCUACUGAGGCCUCUGAGGAGGACAAAAAGGACGAGACAGAUAAUAACAUUACCAGGGAUGACACCUCCGAUCAGACCAAAGGGGAUGAUACCUCCAAUGAGAAACAAGGGGAUGAUACCACUCAUCAGAAAGAAGACAAUGACACCACUGAAAAGAAAAAAAAAGAUGACAAACCAAAGCUUUUGAUUGCUAAAAAAGUGGGAAAAGGUAAAAAAAAACGAAAA